AUAUUUUGUUUCAGUCUCUGCAUAUUACUAGCUUUUGCUGUAUUAGCUUAAUUAGCUUAUUGAAUGAAAGCUAGUUUGAUGCUUCCAGAUGAAAACAACCGUGAGUCUAUGCUUUCAUAGAAUUUUGAAGGAUGGAUUGAGAUUGUUUAGUAAUAUCGAAUGAUGUUACAGCAAUGCGGUCUUCUUCUUUUAGCAUCUUUUACAGAGUACCAGAACGGCCAAUAAUUUCCAUUGAAAGUAAAAUCCCCCAUUGAUAAUUGCCAGUUGUUCAACACAAGUGGAUCCUUUCAUCUCUCUUUAAGUAACAAAACGAACAAUAACAUACAGCUCAUAAAUCAUCUAGUCCAGCGUUUCUGCCUAUGUCAAUGGCUUAACUUGUUUCUAGUCUCUGUCCAAUUGGUCUGAGUGAAAGGCAACCUUGUAUCUGUUUCAGUUGUUGAAAUCAAUAUAAGAAAGCGAGCUAAUAGAAGGGCUUUAUUACUUCAAAAGCAAUGUUAAAUGCACACUUUUUGCCUAAUUUUUAUGUGAUAAAGUGGCCAAUCAAAUUCCAUCGUAUUAGCAAAAUUUUACUCUUCUUUAAUUAUAUGGCUCUUAAUCAAGUUGUCCUAUGAUCCUAUCUAAGUAAAAUUGGAAUCGAUUGGUUCCAUAAAAUUAGGCGUGAAACCUAUCUGUGUUAGGUUGGCUCUGGAUAGAAGUCGAAACUGAAGGACAGCUGCCUGUGAUUCUAGCUCGGAUCCCCUUUUUUUUUUAAUCUCCCCAGCAUCAACCGCAUAGACCGAGCUCUAUGGUACAGUUGUCUAAUUGCCAUUGCCCCCCUAGCAAUAGCUGAAAGUUUUUUGCAUCCGAUUAACAUUUAAUAAGUAAUUAAGGCCCAUACUUAGCUGAGCGUGGAUUUAUAGAGGCUCCUUUUCUUUCAAUUUAUUCCUUUUUCCUAUCGACGACUCUUACUUCAAUUCCAUUAGUUUCCCUCUAAUGGAGAUGGAGGUUGUGAUGCCAGUUCCUGCCGUGGACUUCAUUUUCGACAGCACUUGUUCUUCGCCUUACAUCACCGCCUCUUCAACUCCUCAACGUUUUGGCAACUUCUUCUUAGCUGCCGCUCAACAACAUUACAACGAUGAAGAUGAAGAUUUUGAGUUUAACUUCAGCGGUCAACUCAACCGAACUUCUCUGUCUGCUGAUGAGCUCUUCGACAGCGGCAAGAUUCGACCUCUUAAGCCAUCGAGUCAUUACCAAUCUGAAUCGAGAAUUGCUACUGUUUCUCAGAAAAUGGAAGAUCCUGAAGUAGAAAAUAUGCAGGAAUUACAGCGACAAUGGAGCAGAGAAAGGGUUUCGAUUUUAAGUUGUUCUCGUAAAGGAACUCGAUCUUUGUCUCCUGUGAAAGUCACUGACAUAAUUUACGAGCAAGAUGAUGAGAUUUCACCAACCGCGAAGAUGAUUUCUUCCGCGACGGAUAAUAACAACAACAACAACAACUAUUCAAUUAAAUCUUAUGCAGCUUCAAUCCUUUCCGCCAUUUCAUUUUCAAAGAGUUACAAAAUGUGGAAGCUCAAGGAUUUCUUACUGUUCAGAAGUGCUUCAGAGAGAAGAGCCACAGGCCUGAAUCCUCUGAGAAAGUAUUCAGUUUUGUCCAAGACUAUUAACAAAGAGCCAGAGGAUGUGAAGAAUGCGAUCUUCUGGUCAACUGAUAGCUCUGGUUCAAUUUCUCGGCGGAGAGGGCUGGUAUCGGCUCACGAGUUACAUUACACAGCGAACCGGGCGGUGUCGGAGGAGUCGAAGAGGAAGACUUUUUUGCCAUACAAGCAAGGUUUGUUGGGAUGCUUAGGCUUUUUUGGCACGGCCCGCGGAGCCACGGCAGGCUACUGUAAUGCCCCGUGCCAAAGCCUUGGAAUAGUGUCGGCAGGUCGAUUUAAUACAAAUCGGAAAAAAUUAUUAAAAAAUUAAAAAUUAAAGUAUUAUUAUUGGUUGACAUAAGGUCCAAGAAGUCAUGAAUGAAGCCUUCCUCAUCUGGGGGAUCGACCCACAGUCCACAAAACCUGGUGUGCAAGACAUUUGCAGAGGUGUUGGGUCUUUGGCGCAUGGAUGAUUCAGAUUUCUACAUCUCUCUCUUUGAUGAAUAUAAUUUCAUAUGAUUCUUUUUGAUAAUAUAUACACAUGUUUUGGCGUUAAUUAUAUAUAUGUAAGUAUAUUUGUGCCUUUUAUGGUGUCUCUGUCUAUGAAAUGGACCCAAGCUGUAAGAAAAUUGUAUUAUUGAUAAGAGAGGUGAUUUGGGUGAUAAAAUGGUAGAAUUUUAAGA